CCGCGGGAUCGCUUCCGCCUCCAUCACCGCUCCCAGCAACAGCGGCGGCAACAACCUCCCCGCUCGCCGCCGCCACCCCCCCAGCUCUCCUCUCUGUCUCUCUCUGUCUCUCUCGUGAGGCACUUCCACCGCGGGCAGCCUCACGCCAAGCCGCGCCGCUCUUGCCGACGCCUUUCGCGGCCUCCCCUCACGACGACGACGACGUCGGUCGGUCGGGCGAGGGCCGGGCCCAGGCCGCUCCAUUUUGUCGCCUCCAAGCUCCUCCUGGGACCCAGGCCCCUCCGAGUCGGGUGACCCCGCUCUCUGCCCCUGUCUUGCCGCCCGUCUUACGUCUCGCUCCUCGUCGGGAACGACGAAGACGACAACGACGACGUCGACGAGGAGAAGGCUGCGGAGUGCGACGAGCUACGAGACACUAGGCCUACGCGGGAGCCUGCGGGCUUGCCUGAAGGGGCUGCCCGCACUGCACGCAGCGCGAGCGGGCGAGGACGAUCCGAGCCCGUCUCGGUCGACCGAUCUCAGCCGAUGUGAUCCUGGCGUGGCCUGAUCCUGCUCCACGCGUCUAUCUCAACCCGAUCACACGACGCGACACGAUCUCUGAUCCGACGCAGUCGAGGUUCCCUUUCGUCGUGACCCUGACAGCAGCCCGAUUGUUGACCUCAUUUGACCUGACCUGACUUGACCUGGUCACAGACCCAGUGUGGUUCGACCUGACCAUGCGAGCCCCGAGAAACAGCGUGGGCUUCGUGUUCGUGGCGCUGUCUCUCCUCUGCUGGACGGAUCUUCAUGCUACCAGUCAGCCCAGUGAAGUUCUACUCACCAGCGCUCUCCGCACAUCGUCCCGGCAGCUAAUGCCAUGGGCGUGUGGAUCAAUGAUGGAGGAAAUGAGCGGGCCCUCGGGCGUCAUACACAGCCCUGGCUGGCCCACGGCGUACCCUGGCAGCCUCAACUGCAGCUGGUUCAUCCGCGCUCAGCCGGGACACGUCAUUACCAUCAGCUUCACGGGUUUUGAGAUGGAGGGUUCCGAGGGCUGCACCGCCGACUGGCUCAUGCUGGGGCCGGGCAGUCGCGGCGCGCACGACUACCGCGCGUGCGGGAGCGCGCUACCGCCGCCCUUCAUCUCGCCACGCGACCACGUCUGGAUCAAGUUCCACUCGGACGCCUCGGCCUCCGGGUCCGGAUUCGAGCUCCGCUACGUCACCAGUCUGCUGCAGGCAACUCAAUGCCCAGACGACCAGUUGCGCUGCGCGAAUGGACGGUGCGUGCUGCGCACCUGGGAGUGCAACGGACAGGACGAGUGCGGCGACGGAUCGGACGAGCGCGGCUGCAAGCCCAACGUUGCACAGAUUGGCGGACCAGAGAACGCGCCGUGUGGGUCGCACUGGCUACGCAACUUCUACGGCUGGUUCAGCUCUCCGCGCUACCCGCACGCGUACCCCGCGGGCGCCAACUGCCGCUGGGUGAUCAACACGGACGACGCGCGGCCGCUCGUGCUGCUCUUCGUCGACCUGCAGCUGGCGCCGGGUUCCACCGACACCCUCGAGGUGUUCGAGGGCCUCAACACUGGCAACGACAGCGACGCCGGUUUCGGCAGCGAGGUGGCGGUCAAGCCGCUGGUCCAGUUGACGGGGCUGAAGCGCUAUGACCUCCCCGUUAGCGUGCAGACGGCGUCGGGCCAAGUCGUGGUGCGCUUCUUCUCCGACCGGCGCUCGAGCUCGGCGCGAGGGUUCAAUGCCACGUACCGCGUGGCCGGGUACUGCCCGCCAUUGCAGCACCCAUGCGGCGGAGGUGGCUCGGACGGCGGCUGCUAUGACGACUCUCAGCGCUGUGACGGGCACUGGGACUGCGUGGACGGUCGAGACGAGGCUGGGUGCGGUCAGUGCCCGCAGGAGCAGUUCCCCUGCGCCAAACCAAGCCUCGGCUCUGGCGCCGGCACGAGCUGCUACGGUCGCGCCGAGCGGUGCAACUACCAGACGCAGUGCCCCGAUGGCUCGGACGAGCGGCACUGCCUAUCGUGCCAGCCUGGCACGUGGCACUGCCACAACGACCGCUGCAUCUUCGAGAGCUGGGUGUGCGACGGGCAGGACGAUUGCGGCGACGGCUCGGAUGAGAAGGAGUGCCCACUUGUGGUGCCGCGCCGCGUCAUCACAGCCGCCACCAUCGGCGGCCUCGUGUGCGGCCUGCUGCUCGUCAUCGCACUUGGAUGCUCCUGCAAGCUCUACACGCUGCGCUCACGCCAGUACAGGUGGUUCGACAGCCCGCUCACGCGACUCGAUGCUGAGCUGCUGUGCCGCGAGCCGCCCCCCUCCUACAGUCAGCUGAUCGCACAGGGCCUUGUGCCGCCCGUAGAGGAUUUCCCCGUGCACACGCACGGUCAGGCCUCGGUGCUCGAGAGCCUCCGCUUGGCCAUGCGCACGCAGCUCGGCCUCUCCGUGGCUGUGGGUGGCGCCCACUCGCGCCACAGCCACCGCCGCGGCCGGCUGUGGCGCCGCCUCCGCCGCCUCCUGCGCGGCUCAUCCCGGAGCAGUCGCUCCGGGAGCAGCCGGCGCCACCACGGGGCAGGGAGCUCCGGCCGGGGGGGCGACAGCGGGGAGACGGAUGGGCUCGGGGAGGGCGGCCCGUGCUCGGGGAUGGCGGGCGCCGGCCUUGACUCGCUGGUGUCGAACCUGACUGGCGGGGCGGGCGCAGGGGUGGGCAACGGGUCGCGCCUGCAGCUGCUGCCGUCCGACGAUGACGACAGCGACGCGGAGUGCCAGGACGGCGCAGAAGUGCGCGGCGCCGACGCAGGUCCCCCCGGCCUCUCCUCGCCGCUUGGCCUGCUGCACAAGCAGCCACCGACUCACUUCGUCGAGGCUGCAAACGCCGGCACGGCCGCAGCAGCAGCAGCGCAUACAGCGACCGCCGAGGAUACCAACAUGUUCGAUGCUGCGCGGCGCUCCCGCUCCAGGCCGACCGAGCUCUGCGCGCAGGCCGCCAGGGUGCCGGCGGCCGCCAACGGCCGAGCAGGCGUGGACGGCGGCAGGGGCGGCAGCCCCAGCGGCAGCGGCGGGGGGCUGGGCCCGCUGAGCAGCGUGGCGAGGAUCCUGCGUGCGAGGAUCGGGAGCCCUCUGUCGCGACGGCGCGGGCCCCCUUCCCCCGGUGGGGCGGCACCGGACGCGGGGGAGGCAGCGGCUGACGUGCCGAUGCUCAUCGCCAUGGAGGACUGCAUGGGUGGAAAUGGUAGCGGCGGCGGAAAUGGUAGCGGCGGCGGUGACGGCGAUGGAACGAGAGCGACGGAAAGUGGCACGGGGAGCACGGGAGGGGAUUGGGUCGGGUGGGGGGGUGCUCGGCCGCGAGUGUCGCCCCCCACGGAGGCGAGACGCGUGGCCGGUGGUAGCGGCCGCGAUGCCGGGGACACGAGCGACGACGACAGCCUCCUGUCGUGCUGAGCGGAUGGCGCCAGGACCCUAAGCCACCGCCGCCCUCUCCCCACCACCACCGCCCCACCCGGCCUUUGCACCGGCGGUGGCGGAUCGCCAGAUUCUGAUCCACCGCCUGUGUUAUCUCUCUCUCUCGUGUGUGUGAUGUGUUCAACUUCUUGAUUGUCUCCCCACAGACAAGUGAUGUUUUCGAGGAAUUACGGGCAAAAGAUGAAUCUGUUCUGCCAUUCGAGGUCUAUGCUUUCCUCGGCGCUGCAGAGCAUGUGGUCGCAAACAAGAGGCUACCCCCAUCCACUUCCUGCUCAAGCGCCUUUAGCCUCCUUACUUACCGAGUGGCACCGUAAUUAGUGGGCACAUAUUGUCAAAUCUUCCCUUAAUCUCUCAGUCAGGAGAGCAUCGAAUGGCAAACGUGGGGACCGGUUUGACAAUGGAAUCAUUUGGCAAGGUGUUCAGGCGCUAAUAAUUCACGCUCGCCCCAUGCUCCCUCGCAGCCCUACCUUUCGUAACGUUUCAUACCUAGAAAUAAUUUCGUACAAGCAAAAAAAAGGGAUGCAUUGGUCCAAAGAUUUUGCGAAGUUUGGCAUUAUUUACAAGCUUGCAUAGUGCUGCAGCGAAGGGUGAGUUCUAGAACAGUGUCUUGGAUGGGUGGUGUGGAUGAGGCUGGGGAGGGAACGGUCUUCUUGUGGGGAGACUGGGGAUUCACCAUAGAGCCUCCGCCGCCGAAGGAAGGAACAAUACCAGCCUCGGGCAAUCAAUGCAUUUGAUGAGCGGGCAGUGCAGCGGGGGGGGGGGGGGGGGGGCGCCACUGCGUCUGUUAUUUUUAACGGAAGCUUGCCGAGCCGGCAAUGGUGGCAGGUUUUUUUGCGGGACGUCACACACCGUUUCCCUCGGUGCCGUAGAGUGGCAUCAAUUCCACGCUCGUUAGUGUCGCGCGGUGCACACGUGCCCCCUGUGAGAGGCCCCGUGGGAGAGUUCGCUCUGCGAUCGGGCCACACGGCACUCAAAAUUCCUGCUACCUCGACUGCCUCCUGCUAUAACCACCGGGAGCCAUCCCAACCGAUGUGGGUGGGAUUAACAUCUGUUGGACAAUUAUCUAGGGCCUCUAGAAUUUUGAGAUAUUUUCAUGUUGGACCCCCCUCUACAGGCAGAGCUCACAAACCGAUCUAUCACAUCAGUCUCCUGACUACUGUGAUCUUUGCACUUUUAUAGCAACUACGCUAAGCUGUUGCCGAAAUAUAACAAUGUAAGAUAUGUUGAGAGUUGAUGGAAUGAAAAAAAGAUAUAUUAUAGUAAUUAUAAUUAUAUUAAAGGGUAGGUACAUUUACGGCGAUUAAAGGUACACAUUUUUAGUGUUUAGAAAAUAAAGGAAUAUGUGCUCGCUUUAUUUGCUUUAGGAUAAAAAAUAGGACAUGUACAGCAGUGUUUGUUGGUCACAAUGAAUGUUGUGUGGGGAAUCCUGACAUGGGAACUUUGAAUCAACCUGUGCUGGGCACAGCAGUGCGGGCUAAGACUUAUUUUGCCUGUGGACGUAAGCUUCAGAACCUAUGCGGGGAGGGUUUGAGAGAAGAAGGAAAAAAACUACACCAAGCAUUGCCCAGUAUUUUUUUAGCGUUAUGAUGGAGUACGGUUUCAGGCACUCACAAUGCAGCAUCGAGCUUUAAUGAACUUGCAUUAUUUAGUCUACUCUGCAUAUGCAGAGAGAUUUGAUUAAUUGCGUGCGAUGUUUAGAGGUGCUUGUAAAUUCGUUGUUGAGCACUUUUGCUUCAAGGCUGCUUGCUUCAGUGGUGUUGGGAUGGUGGCGACUUGGAAGAGGCAUUUUCUUUGAGCGCUUAGGUGGAGAAUACAAAAAACGGGGCCAGGGCAGACUGAUGAUUAUCUGAACCGAUGUGGACUUGGCCCCGUCUCGAUCAGAUACCGUGAAAUCCACAUUGCACGAUCGUUAAACGCAAUGAAACCUACAACAGCGCCCAGCAACAGGUGGGAUGGGGCAGCACAUUGCACUGAUAUCAAAUACCACUUCUGAGUCCACCACAGGUCUCCCUUGGACUGUCUGCUUGCUUGCUUGCUUUGUAGAAGGAUGUUUUGUGUCUUCGUUUUUACAUUUUGAUGGAACCCUUCAUGAAUUUAAUAUUAGUCAGAUAAGCAGUGGGUGCAAUGACGAAUGAACUUUGUGAUCAGAGUUUGGACAUCAAUUGAAAAGGGCAAAUGCUGGCCUGCGAGGUGGGUAGAUGGACAGACCUUGAAAUUCCCUAUCGGCUAUACAGGACAUCUGUAUCCGUGGGAUCUGGAUGUUGUAACAAACCCACAUUAUUAAAGGGGAACUUUUGUGGUGUUGUCAUAGCAGAAUAAUGCUGCCAGCCUUUUAACCUGAACUGUGUGUUUGAGUUGAAAAGACAAAUAAUGUUUGUUCUAUGUUAAAUUAGACUCUUAAUAGGAAAAGAAUGUCGCAUUUAAGAGCUUUGUUGUGGGAAAUGGGUGAAUGUAGUGUAUACUGUUAAAUCGAAAAAUUCCAAAGUUGUUACUGGUCUUGAGAGCAGACAACUUAAAGGGAGAUACUGAAAUCAUUUUGCAGAGGGAGGGGGUAUCAUUUAUAAAACGCGGAAAAUAUGAUGCUGAGUAAACACCAUGGACGAGCAGUAAAUGCAUUACUCUGGCUCCCCAUCUCCGCCCGGUUUUUGUCGCAUCUUGUGUCUACCCCCUUGGACCUCUUUUUUUUUCCCCCCCAAUGACGACUCAGCGGUGCCGGAGCUGCGCUAAGCCAAGCCCGGCGUGGCUCAAGGGGCCAGCAGGUUUUUCACGGAAGCUGUGAGCUGUGCCACUGACGUGACAUGCAAUGAGUUGGUCGAGACGCAUGUAGAUAACACGUAUGAUGAUAAUUAUUGACUCUCUGGCCUCGGUUGGCCCUUGGUCAUAAUCAUGUUUUGUGAGGUCAGUGUGUCAUGGUCUUGUUCUGGUUCGGCUCGACAUAUAGCUUGUGGAAAACCACCCUUAAUCAUGAUGAGGGCCCUGUGCUGGCUUGAAUCCGAUGUGCCGGUGGACACGGUAUUAUAUUUCAUGCGUGAAGCAAUAUGCCCACCAGCUACGUGGAUCAUGAUUUAGGCCAUUGCGAAUUUGCAAACUCCUGCUUUGUAAUCAGUGCUCAAAGAGCAGGGGUGGUGUAUUUGCAAUUACGAUCCAGUGAUGCAACACAAUUUGCUAGUUUCGCAACUUAAAACGCAAACAUUCGCUUACAGAAUGUUUGUGAGAACUGCAUCGAUGCCAUUUCAUGUUCUGCUCGCCUAACUUUGUCACCUGGUUUCUGACAUCGUCUGUCUGGUGAUAUUAGAGACUGGCUUUAGAGCCAAAUUGUCGUUAACUUUUUCGACGUGAAGGAAUAUGCACCCGUUUAGUACAAUUAGGCCUUUUUACAACUUUUAAAUACAUCUAUUUGGUUGAACUGUCUCAACUAAACCAUAUGAAACCCGGUUAAAAAUGUAUUUGUCAAAACGUUGCAUGUUAUUACCCCAAAGGGGUAGUGUCGUUUAUUCCUCUUUUAAACAUUUUGAUCAGCAAUUGUGCUCAAUUUAAAUUCUUUCAUGUAAAGGAUUAUUGUCAGACAAUGCAGCUACCUGCUAACCCCGUGGUCUUGAGAGGUCAGGGUUGAGAGAUACAUCGGAUGCUGUCGAGUUACGCGUCUCGACAACACUGCCCUAGCAGAGCGACCACCCACGCAGGUUUGGUAUGUAGCAAGAGGCCAUCGAGAUUCAAUGCCACGCGCAAGGCUGCACAAUAAAAGGCUUCCUCGGAGCCGUCUUCAGAGGACACCCUCCCUUGAAAACGGGUUGUUGGGUCGAUUUGCUGCUGUCUGCGCAUUAUAAAAGUGUACAUAAAGAAGAGUCUUAAAAUAAACGACU